UCAACCCGGUCCGUUUCGUACAGAACCGAAAGCUCACAAUUGUCGUCACUUUUCACUUUUCAGCAUCUUCCACAGUCUCACGUGCGGCCAGUCCCGAUUUCCUCCUCCAGUUCGAAGAGCCACUGGCGAUUGAGCCGCUGGCGAUGAUUGGCGACGAGCAAUUUCAGAUGGCAAACAAUGCAAAGGCACUUGUUGUUCAUGAUACAUCAAUGCUGAACCAUGUGGGUCAGAACAAUUCCUCUCCAUUUGCAACCCAGGGAAUGCAAAAUGGAAUUUUAGACUCACCUGCUUACAAAGCAAAGAAAUGUCAGGAUGCUUUACAAGAGACUGGUCUGAGAGUCAAACAACAUGAAGAAAAUAUGAAAUUCUUAAAGACAAAGAAGAACAGAUUGGAUGAUUUAAUUAUAGAUCUGCAAGUUGCACUUGGCAAACAUCACUCAGCAGCUGCACCUGAAAUUGAAAAUGAUCGAGAUGCUCGGAGUGAGGAGGAGACAGUUAAACAGAUUAUGAGGAGUGGGAGAUCUGCGGCUGCAGUUCUGUGCCAUCUGAAAAUGAAUCAUGGAGCUCAGGCUUCUAAUAUUCCAUUAUCAAAGGAUGUGCUUGGUAUCGUUGCUACGCUUGGAAGUGUUGAAGAUGAUAACCUCAGCAGGAUUCUCUCGGAUUAUUUGGGGCUGGAAACCAUGUUAGCAGUUGUUUGCAAGACCUAUGAUGGUGUUUUAGCACUGGAAACAUAUGACAAAGAAGGCUUAAUAAAUAAAAGCUCUGGCCUUCAUGGACUAGGAGCAUCUAUUGGGCAGCCUUUGGAUGGCAGGUUUCUUGUCAUCUGCCUUGAAAACUUAAGUCCAUUUUCUGGUGAUUUCAUAGCUGAUGACCCACAAAGGAGGCUUGAUCUUCUAAAACCUAAAUUACCAAAUGGCGAAUCUCCACCUGGUUUUAUUGGAUUUGCCGUAAAUAUGAUCAAUGUUGAUAGCAUGAAUGUGUUUUGUGUUACGGGCAGUGGUCAUGGCCUAAGAGAGACUCUGUUCUAUAACCUCUUUUCAAGCUUACAAGUGUACAAUACAAGGUUGGAGAUGCUUCGGGCUCUCCCUUGUAUAAGCCGCGGAGCAGUAUCUUUGGAUGGUGGGAUGAUAAAAAGGGAUGGCAUUUUUUCCCUGGGAAAUAGGGAUGUAGGCGUGAAAUUUCCCAACAGCUUUGGAAGGCCAAUUCCACCUCUGAACUAUUUCCAAGUCGAAAAUAAACUAAAGGAAACUAAAUGGGAAAAAGAAAGAAUUAUGGAAGAUAUGCAGAGAGAACAAGCAUUGCUGGAUCAUGCCCGGUUCAACUUUGAAGUAAAGAAACAAGAGUUUAUCAAGCAUCUCGCUCAGAGCUCAUCAUAUCAAACUCAGAUGCAGCUCUAGUUUUGGAGGAUAGCGGUUGUAGCAUGUUGUGGUGUAUAGAAGAUGGAAGCUCAACAAGUAUCUUGCAACUUCAGCUUCAAUCUCAGCAUAGUUUUCUUCAGUGUAUGUAAUAUGUCGAAUCGUGCCCGGUUUAGUCGACAGUGCUGGCUGAUUCGAGCAUCAAACUUGUGCAAUUGUGCUAAUUUUUUCAUACAUUAAUAUUGUCCAUUAAGACCACUUAUGCUAGGAAGGUGUCUGUAAUUCUGCCAACUAUUUGACAGUUGUUUUGUUAACCCCAUUGGUGGUGCCCUAGAUGUAACUGUACAAACUGCUGCAUAACGGCAUCUUUGUUAGACUGGCUGAACUAGAAAAGUUUGCUUGUUUCAUGCUUACAACGUACUAACUCUGAUAUAAUAUAGUAUCUAUUUAUAAUUA